CAGAGAAGUAACCUCAGGAUCUGCUCUUGAGUCUGUUCACCAGGCAGGGGCCGGGAGCUCAGAUGGAGCAGGGGCGCCCAGUGCAGCUGGUGCGUCUGGACGAGGAAGGGGGCCUGACCCUGGACGAGGAGGCCCUGAGCCGCUGCCUGGAGCAGGGUGGGGUGGGGGACGCCCCCGUCUGCCUGGUGUCCAUCAUCGGGGAGCAGCGCCGGGGCAAAUCCUUCCUGCUGAACUACCUGCUGCGCCGGCUCCAGAGCCCGGACAUGAGGGACGGGUCGUGGAUGGGCCAGGAGGAGGAGCCCCUGGAGGGGUUCGAGUGGCGAGUCGGUACCCAGAAUGUCACCAAGGGGGUGUGGGCCUGGAGUCAGCCCUUCUGGGUCCCGGGAAAGGGAGGCAAGGUGGCCGUGCUGCUGGUCGACACCGAGGGCUCUAUGAACAUUGAAAGCAACAAGGAGACCAGCAUCAAACUCUCCGCCAUGUCCAUGCUGCUCAGCUCCUACCAGAUACUGAACAUUGGCUGUCGGGUGAAGGACCCGGAUCUCGAAUACCUGGAGAUGUUUCUUCAGGUGGCCGAAGUGGUGGGAGAGGCCUAUGGACUGGAGCCCAUUCAGCAUCUAGACCUGCUGGUGAGGGAUUGGAGCAGUUCCCUGGUCCUUGGAGCCCGGGGUGGGAAGAAGCAUCUGAGAGACGUCAGACAGAUUCUGGAGGAGACGUCCCCUAGCAAACACCCCAAGGCCCUGGAAGCGCUGAGCAGAAGCAGCAGCCGCUGUUACCUGAUGCCCUCCCCUGGCAAGCGGAUCAUGACUGGGAGCGAGGGAACCCUGAGAGACAUGGAUGAGGAUUUCCGGGAGAGCCUGAGGGACUAUGUCACUGCCCUGGUGGGCUCGGCCGGUCGACACGUCCGGAGGAACCAGCAUGGGGAGCUGCUCACCGGGACACAGCUCGCUUCCUGGAUAAAGAAAUUCUCUGAUCUAAUGAAGACACAUCACUUUGGCUUCUCCUCCCCCUGUCAGAUGGCCAUCACCUUCCACAACCAGAGAGUCCUGGACAGCGCGCGCCAAUACCACGCUUUCUAUCUGAAGGACAAGGACGGCCUGUCCCAGCGCAUGGUCGACUGUCUGAAGGUGGAUCCGAGCGCAAUGGAGCAGCAGUUGGUGGAGCAGCGCAGGUCACUGCUGGGGCGGUGCCGGGAGGAGAUGAAGGAGCCGGAGGAGACCCUGCUGACGGCGCUAGAGGCAGAGCUCACUCGGGAGGCUGAGACCUUCCUGGAGACAUACGGAGGGCGCUAUCAGUGUCACGCCACCAACAAAAGAGUCAUGGACAGAGCCCGCCGAGACCACGCUGACUUUCUGAGGCAGAAGGACGGCCUGUCCCAGCGUAUGAUCGACUGUCUGAUGGUGACACCAGGCGCAAUGGAGGAGCAGUUGGUGGAGCAGCGCAGGUUGCUGCUGAGGCGGUGCCGGAAGGAGAUGAAGGAGCCGGAGAAAAAGACCCUGAUGACGGCGCUAAAGGUGAAGCUGACUCGGGUGGCUAAAACCUUCCUGAAGACCUACAGAAGGCGCUAUCGGUGUCACGCCAUCAAGGCAGGCAUCGCUGUAGGGGGGUUGGUACUGGGGUCGCUGAGCAGUCAGCUUGGAGUUGUCGGAUACAGAGCGGUUGCCACUGUGGCUGCAAAGCUAACCCUUCCCUAGGCAGCAUUCCUUUGGGGCAGGGGUGGGCUCUACAGCCGGGAUGUACAUGGGCACGGAGGUGGGUGACAACACUGGGCGGCAGGAAAGUGCGAGAGCUGCAGCUGCCCACAGACAAAGGGCAUCACCGUUGGUACAACAGUUGGACUGGGAACCCUGCUACGUUAUUUUGACCAAAACACUUUCCAGGCAGGCCUCCAGCUGGGUCCAGAAGCCAUCAGGGCUCAGAGAAUCCAUGUCUGUCCUCGGAUGUUUGACCCAAUAGUUACUUUCCCGCACUAUGAAAAACUGGUGUUGUAUUUCUAAUUGGACUUUGUCUAGCUUUAACUUCCAUCCAUUGUUCCUGCUCUGCCUUUCUCCUAUGCUAAAGGUAUGUGCUGGUUGCAAUAAAAAACACU